AACUUGACAAACGGUUCAAUCACUCGCCCUCCGAGGACGGUCGCUGUUAGCUAGCUGUGCGAAGGAGUCCGCAACAAGGAAAACAGCCCUCGUGUACAUUUUGAGAUGCCAGGUGCUGGUCCAUGGGUGUGAGCAGACUGGAUGUAUUUUACAGAAGGCUGCUCCUCACCAAACUCUUCAUUGGGGGAUGGGGGAAGCCUGAAGACCUCAAGAGGAUAUUUGCUUUCCGAAAGAUCAUUGGGGACAGAGAGAAGUGCAAGUCUCUGGUGCCUAAGGACUAUCCAGUUCACAUAAACAAGACAGAGGAGCACACUGACUGUCAAAUCCACAAUGGGUUCUUCAUCUCUCCUCUGGAGCACUUAGUUCCUGGAAUCCUGCCACCAGAGGCUGUCAAAGCCAGAUUCCAGUUUAUAAUUCCCAAGAGGUGGCAGAAGAACAGACCAGUAUGUAUCCACUUGGCUGGGACUGGAGACCACUUUUUCUGGCGCAGGCGGACCCUGAUGGCCAGGCCCAUGAUCAAAGAGGCAGGAAUGGCUUCACUGCUUCUGGAAAACCCUUAUUAUGGCUACCGUAAACCCAAAGACCAACUGCGGUCCAGUCUAAAGAAUGUGUCAGACCUGUUUGUGAUGGGAGGGGCUUUGAUCCUGGAGUCAACAGUGCUUCUCCAUUGGCUGGAGAGAGAAGGUUACUGGCCACUAGGAAUUACUGGCAUCUCCAUGGGAGGAUAUAUGGCGUCCCUGGCAGUGACUAACUGGCCAAAGCCAAUCCCUCUGAUUCCAUGUUUGUCCUGGUCCACUGCGUCCAGUGUCUUCACCAUGGGAGUGCUGAGUAAAGCAGUGAACUGGACAGAGCUUGAGAAGCAGUACGCCAUUAACUCAGUGUAUGAAGAGGAAAUCAUUAAGCUGUUGGAGUACUGCGGGGCUGAUUCCUUUAAGAUGGUUCCAGAACUUGUGAAGAAUGUGGACUCUUUAGAGCAUCUCCUAGGCCUAUCUGAAGAUGACAGGGCAUCGGUGGGCCAGAACUCCAAAGCAAGAGGAGAAAUACAGGAUGGACAAGGCCUGUUGAUUGGUAAAGGCUCUGCAGAGAGCAGGGCUGGAGACAGAGUACACCAGUUCUUAUCAUCAGUGAACAGCUGUGGGAGGAGCUUGGACACUCUACCAAGAAGGAGCCCUCGUGCACAAAACACACUGCUUGGGAAGACAAUGGAUUCCACUGACUGUUGUCGGCCAUCAUUACAUAGAGAGUCCAUAAGCUUCAUGAAGGGAGUGAUGGAUGAAUGCACACACAUGGCUAACUUCUCUGUCCCUGUAGACACCAGUCUCAUCAUUGUGGUCCAGGCUAAAGAGGACGCCUAUAUCCCUCGCACAGGGGUCCUCAGUCUGCAGGAGAUCUGGCCAGGAUGUGAAGUCAGAUAUCUGAAUGGAGGACACAUCAGUGCAUACCUGUUUAAACAGAACAUCUUCAGACAGGCCAUAUAUGAUGCAUUCAACCGAUUCUACCUGAAGUAUCCCAGCCUGCAAUAGCUGUGACUGAAACCGUUUCCCCCCUGUAACAGCACCACAUCCUCUGGCUGGACAUUCGAAACAUCAGUGCCUGUCCACCUACCAGAAGCCUCAGCAUAAUAUAUGGCUAUUCAGAUCUCUUCUACUGAGACAUGAUGUGUCUGGACUUGACAAACUAUAUUAAAAUAAUAGUCUGUUAGCACAGGCACUUUCUAAUUCAUUACUUUUGCAACUUCUACAUAUGGUGCACCCAGGCAAUUAAGUAGGACUGUAAAUAACUUAGUUCUUAAAGUCCUUAAAGUAUCACAAAAUGUUAUGGGAUAUUCUGUCUGAAGUUGUCAAAGGAACACUCAGGCCUCCAGUUUCACUUUGGUAUUAACAGACGAUAAUGUGGUUAAUUAGAAUCAUACAAGUGCUGGGUUGCUAAAGACCCAAGGUAAACUGAUUUUAGGCAAGUAUAAAUUGUUUGUGGGGAGGAUGACUGAUUUCAGUGAAGUUGCUCAUUAUUCUUAAUUAGCUGCACAUUUUAAUACUGUUACUGCAGGCUUGCCAUGGCUUUCCACCAUUAGUCUUUCAGCUAGAACAUUCUAUUUUGAAAGAGAAGCCUUAGUGUUAUUUGACAGAGGUGUACUGUAUAUAAGACACAGUUAAGAAUGGUGACAACUUGGCUUAUUUGGUUCUGAUACCAUACUAUGUACCUCAUUUCAAUAUUUUAUAGUGCAUGAAAUGCUACACAUACAUACAGUUAGGCCCAGAAUUUUUUGGACAGUGACACAAUCUCCAUAAUUUGGGCUCUGCAUGCCACCACAUUGGAUUUGAAAUGAAAGAACUAAGAUGAAAUUGAAGUGCAGUCUUUCAGAUUGAAUUCAAGGGGCUGAACAAAAAUAUCCUAUGAAACAUUAAGGAAUUGGACCCAUUUUUAUACAAAGCCUCCUCAUUUCAGGAGCUCAAAAGUAAUGGGACAAAUUCAUAAAUAAAAUGUUCAUUUUUAAUGCUUUGUUGAGAAUGCUUUGCAGGCAAUGACUACCUGAAGUCUGGAACCCAUGGACAUCACCAAACGCUGGGUUUCCUUCUUUGUGAUGCUUUGCCAGGCCUUUACUGCAGCUGUCUUCAGUUGUUGCUUGUUUGUGGGUCUUUCUGCCUGAAGUUUUGUCUUGAGCAAGUGAAAUGCAUGCUCGAUCGGGUUGAGAUCUGGUGAUUGACUCGGACAUUGCAAAAUGUUCCACUUCUUUGCUUUAAAAAACUCCUGGGUUGCUUUUGCAGUGCGUUUUGGCUCUGCCUCCACCAUGUUUUACAGAAGAUGUGCUGUGCUUUGGAUCAUGAGCUGUUCCAAUUCUUGUCCAAAAUUUCUUCUUCCCAUCAUUCUGGUGCAGGUUGAUCUUAGUCUCAUCUGUCCAAAGAAUGCUGUUGCAGAACUGGGCUGGCUUGUUUGGAUGUUUUUUGGCAAAGUCUAAUCUGGCCUUUCUAUUUUUGAAGAUGAUUAAUGGUUUUAAUCAAGGUUAACGAGGGAAGAACCCAUGCAGCCUUCUGAGUCAAUUGUCCAAUUACUUUUGGUCCCUUAAAAAGAGGUGGCUAUAUAUUAAAGUGAUGUAAUUCCUAAACCCUUCCUCCAAUUUAGAUGUGAAUACUCUCAAAUUACAGCUGAGAGUCUGCACUUUAAGCCCAUAUCGAUUAUAUAACUGUAUCCUGAAUACGUUUUCGUAAACAGCUAAAAUAACAAACCUUUUGUCACUGUCAAACUAUUUCUGGGCCUAACUGCAUAUGUAUGUAUAACAUAAAUAUACUUAGGUACAACGGAUAGCAUAUCAACAUGUCUAAAAAACAACUACAACAUGAGAAGAUUUAAACUUCAAACAAGUUUCCUCAGAUCGGACAGGCUCUCUGGACUGAGUGCUCUUUUUCUACUCUCUACCCCCACUUUUCCUUUACUGUGUGACCAUCUGCAGUUCAUCCAGAAUGUCCCAUUUUCUCGCAACAGAGUUUUUCUCUGUUCUCUGUUUCUUCCAGCUCAUGCCAUACUUUUUGAAUGUGUAUUGUUUUGAUAUGGUCUCCAAUGAACAUGAUGUAAUUUUCUUACUUUUCUUGAAAUGAUAAAAAAAAAUGCUGCCUUUGCACAUGUAGUAAAUCCACUGUUGUUCUCCCUGGCUUUGGUUCCAAGUCGUCCAGGGACGUAAAAGCAUAGUUAUCUCAAUAUUUUAUUUUUCUCAAUUAUUAAAUAUAAUUAUCAUGAUGAUUUUGAAACGAAUCUCCCUUCAGCCGCCAACUGUGUGCCUAUAUGAUGAUAUUGAUUUUGAAACACUGCAUGUAAUCUUCAGGUCAAUUUGUUGUUAUAUUUAGUACAAAUAAGUUUUCAACCUGUGUGUAAUAAAUAGUAAUGAGACAGAAAUCUGCCAUUUCAUAAACGAGAGAAACUGGAGAAAAAUAGGUUGUUGACUCUGGAACAGUAAAAUAGGAAGCAAAUAAAUUGUGACAUGGAAUGAUAUAUUUCACACUGUAAUAAAAUUUAAACAGAAAUGCAUUUUUUGCUAUUUCAUUUUGAAAUGUAACUUUUAGUUAUUAAUUGAAAGUCAAAAUAAAGCAUUUGAUUUAUUACUAUAUAUAUAUCAUAUAUUACUAAAUUGUAAAUCAAUUAAAAAUAUUUUUUUUUAUAGAUACUGGGUCUUCCAGUAUUUUGUAUUACAUUGCAGGUGAGUGGUAUUUUUAAUCGAGAAAAGAAAGCAUUCUAUAUAUAUUUGCAAAUAUGUAUUGUGAUAAAUAUGAUUCUGUAUUACUUCUGCAGCAAAUCUUAUAAUUGCAAUGAAAAUGACAAAAAAAUAAUGCUGACUUGAUAUUUGCUGUGAUUGAUUACACAACUCAAGUAAGUUUAUUUUGAUAUUGUACAGAAAUUGCUUCACAACAUAGCAGGUAUAGCAGUAUGUGAACACACGCACCCAGACAUGAAACAUUAUGUUCAUAUCAUUCAAUGUGACUUGCACUUUUAGAGGACAUCAUUAUCUCUGAUGUCCAUAGUGAAUAAAUGCCCACAAAUACACUUAAAAAAAGAUGCUUCAGAACUUGCCUUGGAAUUAUCAGGUUUUUAAGUUUUAUUCACUAUCAAAGUAAUUCAGUGAUAUUUGUCUGUACAUCCAUGUACAUUGCAAACAGGAACUGCUAAUAGUUUAUUCUGCAUCAUUUCAAUGGUAUCAGUUUGCCAAAAUGAAAGCAAAUAUAGACUAAAAAGAGAAUAGUUGUACCUACCUGUAGCUGACAUUACAACAACGCAGGCAGAGAACCUUUAUGUGGUUUUCAUCUCCUGAUGGCUUUCAUUUUUUUUCCUGUUUCUUAUUGGUUCCCAAAUAUUCCUAUAUUUUGGUGUUAGCAGUGUUGUGCAGUUCUGUUAACACAGGCUGAAAUGAAUUGGUUCACAUUCAUAGUUCACAAUUGUGAAUGCUGAAGUAAGAAUUCCAUACAAUUUGUGAUUUUUUUCCCCAAAGGAACCUAUUCUGGAACUUUCAGAUAUACAUAGCUGCAUCUGAAUUGCGAGUUCACUAGCUAUACCGCUAUAUUUUUCCCAGGAUGCUAAAGUCAUGACCUGCCCUACUCCUCCUCUGAUUGGCUAGUAUUGGCAUUGCCCUCUUUAGUUGGGUUACCUUUAGGCCUGAGGAGUGAGAUUGGUUAGGGUAAGAAUAUCAGGGUAAGUCAGUCAGAGGUACAGUAGUGCAGGUCAUUCCUUUGCCAGGCAUAGGCAUUGUUAACUCUCGCAUGAGCUAAUAUCACUCUUGUUCACGUUCAAUAGUUGCACAAGCAUGUUAAGUAAUCAUGCUCUGUUAGCACAUUUAUGCACAACACUGGAUGUUAGCAUGUUUCUAUCAGAUUAACAAAACAUUGACAUUUUGAUUUUCUCCAUUUUCAAAGAAAAGUCAAAUUUCACACUGAGCUGAUAAAAUGCAGUAGAAGGAAAAAACUCAGAGAACCACUUUCAAAUACAUGGACCUUGAUCCAGACAGGAUUUAAAUUACAAGGACGAGGAUGAGCUAGCUCAGAAAAACAAAAGGUCAUUAUGGCUGUCAUUAUUACAGCACAUAUGCACAUAUUCAAACAGGAUUAAUAUCACUGACCAGAGCAGGUUAUGUUUAUAUCACCCCAUCCCCACUAGAGACAAAAAUCCUGCCCCAAUGGGUUAAGAAUCAGUGUUUUUAAUAGAUUUUUUACUGUUUAAUGCUCAAUGCUGGAAUAUUUCUCAUUUACCUGCAGUCACCAGAGGACUGUGCUAUUUUGUUAUUCCAUUUGUAUCAUGUUUAUAUAAUGUUGCCACUGAUGAGCAGACCUCCUUUGACCAUGACCAGGAACCCAUCACAGUUCUUGCAAAUUCAGCAGAUUUUGAUUGAUUCAAAAAGCUGUUAAUAUGCUAAUAUGUUAAUAUGACCUAAAAAAGUUUUUUUAAUGAGGUGCUCAGGCUUCAAUGUGUUUCAACGGAUUUUAAACCUCAACUACACUUACAAAUUGGUGCUACAGAUCCAGAACAAACUGUUGUGCAAAAUCCCAUAUCUGUAAAAUGAGAGUUGAGUUAAACUUUGGUAAAAUUAAGUCUUUUUCUUUAUGUCAAAAAGUCCCAUUUGUAGUGUCAACACAACAAUGUAUUGCUCCUGCUAUGGAGUAUUGUGUGUAUCAAAGGUGUGAUAUAUCUUAUUCUUCUGUGCCAUAGAGUUCCAUUGUUGUAAAAUAAACUAUUAAAAACAUAUCAAUGAACCA